AAACAGAUUCUAAACUUCCAGAUACGCCCAGAUGACCAUACGCCAGCACCUGCGUGGAACAAACGCACCGAUCGCUCACUCCAGCAUUGACCUCAACAAAACGCUUAAAAUAAACCGCCUGUUAUCGUACGCCUCCCUAUUUAUACAGGUUGACCAUCAUUAGCUCGAUCAAUUUGUGUGGAUAUUUUCAUAGAACAUUCUUUGGCAUCACAGCCUAUUCGUCUUUACAGGGAAAAAAAAAAAAUCAUCAAACCCUCUCGAUUUUGAUCAGUUUCAAUUAUCAGAUAAUUGAUGCAGAAAAUGCAAGAUUCACAAAUCAUACUUAAGAUAUCGGUUAUUUGGAGGGGAAACAAGUAUGUUGUGGAAAUGAAUUCUGAUGCUUGUCUCAAGGAGCUAGGCAAUGAGCUCCAUAAGUUGACCGAUGUCAAGGCAGAUACAAUGAAGUUGAUCGUUCCUCAAAACAAAGGAUCAAAACUGAUGUCUCCUUUCUCUGAUGAUCAUUCAAGAUUAAGUUUGCGGGAAGUUUGUGUCAUUGAGGGGAAGCCAAUCAGAAUGAUGGGAGUAUCUGAAGAUGAAGUUAACAAAAUUCUGCAAAAUGAGAAGGCAGACCUGAGGAUAGUUGGAUUUGAUGAAGAAGAAAAGCGAUUGAGGCAACGAAUGUUCCAUGGGCCCCUUCCCCCACUGAAACUUCCUCAAGGACAAUAUAUCUUUUGUGAUUUUCGCACUCUUCAGAUUCCCGGAGUAGAGUUAAAUCCUUCAGCUUCAGAGGCAUUGAAAAGAAUGCAUAUGCUUGCUGCAGAUCCUGGAAUAGUUGCUAUCAUGAACAAGCAUCAUUGGCGAGUAGGAAUAAUGAAAGAGCUGGCCCCUGUUGGCUAUGUUGGCAUAAGUCCAAAAUGCAUUCUUGGUUUUAACAAGAAUCAUGGAGAGGAAAUAUCUCUGCGUCUUCGAACUGACAAUCUUAAGGGUUUCAGAAAAUAUGAGAGUAUUAAGAAAACUCUUUUGCAUGAACUUGCGCACAUGGUAUACUCUGAACAUGAUGCAAAUUUUUAUGCUCUUGAUAAACAGCUGAAUCAAGAAGCUGCUUCUUUAGAUUGGACUAAAUCAAGGGGCCACACUUUGAGGGGUGUCAGGUAUUCAGACCAAUAUGAAGAAAAUUUGUUUGCUGAAGAUGUUAGAAAUGCUUCCCACAAGCUUGGGGGAAAUGUUUCAGAACAGUUGGCGAGUGCUCGCGCUUCUUCAGUGGCUGCUGCUUAUCGUCGAUUAGUUAAUGUUUCUGCUAACAGUUUUGGAGCAUCUGAAGAGUGUGAAGAAUCUGAUCAUAUGGACUUAGUUGAAAAAGAAAACAAGAUUGAGCCUGAUCCUGAUGAUUCUUUGGAGGGGGUAACUUUGGCAGCAACAAAUUCAUUUGAAGAACCUGAUCCAGAUGAAUCUGAUCAUAUGGACUUAGUUGAAAAAGAAAACAAGAUUGAGCCUGAUCCUGAUGAUUCUUUGGAUGGGGUAACUUUGGCAGCAACAAAUUCGUUUGAAGAACCUGAUCCUGAUGAAUCUGAUCAUAUGGACUUAGUUGAAAAAGAAAACAAGAUCGAGCCUGAUCCUGAUGAUUCUUUGGAUGGGGUAACUGUGGCAGCAAUAAAUUCGUUUGAAGAACCUGAUCCAGAUGAAUCUGAUCAUAUGGACUUAGUUGAAAAAGAAAACAAGAUUGAGCCUGAUCCUGAUGAUUCUUUGGAUGGGGUAACUUUGGCAGCAACAAAUUCAUUUGAAGAACCUGAUCCAGAUGACUCUGAAGCUCUCUUUAAUUCUGGAGUUGUGGCUGAACCUUAUUCUCAUCACUCUCAGGUAAUGGAGGUGGAAAGCAUUCUUCAGCCAAGGAAGAGAUUGGGUGAGCCUGAUCCAGAUGAUUCAGAGGCUAAGGGGAGAAUUUCAGGAUAUACAAACAUUGCACAUUCUUUAGUGAAUGAAACCAGGGAAAAUCAAGGCAAUAUAAAGGCUUAUAGAGAACCUGAUCCAGAUGAAUCUCAGGCCAAUGGAAUUGUACAGGAUGAGCCUGAUCCAGAUGAUUCAGAGGCUAAGGGGAGAAUUUCAGGAUAUACAAACAUUGUACAUUCUUUAGUGAAUGAAACCAAGGAAGAUCAACACAAUAUAAAGGCUCAUAGAGAACCUGAUCCAGAUGAAUCUCAGGCCAGUGGCAUUGUACAGGGUGAGCCUGAUCCUGAUGAUACUCUGGUACAUCCACAUGGUAUAUCCAGUAUGAAAAUUGAUGAACCAGGUCCAGAUGCCCAAGAAUUGACGAGAAUCCAAGAACCAGUGACUGUUCUUUGUAACCGUCUGCAGAAGGCGAUUGAGAUGCUGCAAGCUGAAGUUAAUCCCUUGGAGGCAUCUACUGUCCUGCAAACUCUAUUUAGGAUAAUUAGGAAUGUGAUUGAACACCCUGAGGAGAUGAAGUACAAAAGACUCCGGAAGGCUAACCCCAUAAUCCAGAGGAAUGUUGCACAUUAUAGAGCUGCCUUGGAGAUUCUGAAUUUGAUUGGUUUCAAUGAAGAUGUUGUUUCGGAUGAAAUCGGAAAAGCAGAAACUUAUUUAGUGUUGAAACGGAAUGAUCCAGGGUUGUUGUGGCUCGCCAAGUCCUCCCUUGAAACGUGCAUUGCGUAGUAGCUGUGGAAGGAAGAUAUAAUACUGGCUGUUGAAGAUAUUCUGAAUGAUAUGGCAUGACAUGUGACAUGAUGAUGUGGUAUGUGAUAUAAUGUGGCGUGUUAAGUUUUGUUUCUUAAAAUUGUAAAUUUCUGUUUUGAUCUAGGAUUAUUUUAUGUAUAGGAAAUUAAGUUUUAAUUACCAAAACAUAAAAUAUAAGGAGUAUGAUGAUGUAUUGAUGUGGUA